AUGUUGGUCACGAUUAUUCCAAGUGUGGAUUGUUGCAACGAAGUGAAAGUUUACAGAGCGAUCGAUAUCGCUAUGCGACAGGAAAUACAACGCCCAGAUAAGAUCACAGAAGAAAACUCUGGGCAGGAAAAAUAUGUGAGUCAGAUUUUCAAUAUCAGUAAUUGACUGAAAGAUAAGUGUGACCUCUGAUUGACUCACUUUUUUGAAAGACAUGGAAGGAUCAAGAAACUAUGGAAAAAAUAAGCAAUAAUUAAUCUUCAGUGUAACAUCCGUUAAGAAAAAAACCUUUUUCAAAUUAAAUAAUUCCUAAGCCACCCGGGCCAGCGAUUAAACGAAAAGUUAAGAGUAAAUUCAUUAUUUUUCGAAAAAUGUAUGAAAAAAAUAAGCAAUAAUUAAUCCAAAAUCAAACGAAAAACGAAUAGAAAGAAAUGUAGGAACGCGGUUGUUGUGGAAAAACGUUUAGUUUCUUUUUCGCGGGAAAGAGGCGGUGAAAAGAGACAGAUGGACGCUUCUGGCAAAUGGGAUAGUUCUGAAGGCGACUGGAUGCAUGUCUAAUUUCGUGAGGGUUCAUGGUCUCUGAACGAAUGAAAUAUGUGUGUUUUGCGGGCCAUAUUGAUCACCACAAACACAGGGAAAGUUGCGCGCAACGAUGUUCCACCAGUACACCUCCCUCUUCCAGCUGUCCUUGCUUUUCUCUCCCUCUCUAUUUUCUUUUCUCGUCUUGUUCGAGGGAAACCGGAUCGGAAUAGAGAUGACAAAAUUGUUUUAGCUUUCCGAAAGUUUCUGUUUCAAUUUUCAGAAUGAAAAAAAUAGAACAAAACAGAAGAAGAAGAAAAAACCUAAAAGAAAUCUUUAUCGUUAUCUCUUAGUUUAUCAAGAAAAAAAGGCUGCGUCUUAUGCAGCUUGCAAGCCAACGAAUUAUAAACAUAUUCUCACUAAGUUACUUUUUUCUUUUUGUGAAUUUCAAAGUUUCAUGAUUUUUUUUUCUGUCUAGCAGUCAUUAGUAAAUUAAAAAUUAAUUUUUGAUCACUGCAGAUGAAAUCUUCGAAAUGGGACCACUACACUGACCACUACAAUGGGAAGCCGGUUGUUGAGACUCCGACCAAAUGUUUUGCAGUUUCAUCGAUCCGAGAUCUUUUUAUUGCAGUUUUCUUGCCACAAGGUGCGCAUAUACUUUUUGAAAGUCUUAAAAUUGAUCUUGGCUGCAAUGAAAGCGCUUACCCGAAUCAGGGAGAAAAUUUGAAAAUUUAAGCUGAGUAAGGUGACCGCCAAGUGCAUAAUUGAGUGGAGACGCCGUCUGCACGCAAUUUAGCGCACCUUUUAGCCAUCUGCAUCUUGAAAAAGAAUUCUCUGAGCGGAAAAAGUGAAAAUUUUUUUUGUAAAAUGGAAUACAUAAUUCUUUAAAAUCGAAAUAAAACUAUCAAAAAGGGGCGUUUGUCAAGAAGUUAUAGCUGAUUCACGGCUGGCUGGAGCCAUCGAGAAAAUGGUCUUGACACGAUAACGCACGAGACAGCGCCUGGCUCGUAGAGAUCGCAGACAGGCCACGCUCCCUUAGCGUCCCAAGCUGGCCAUGAAUCAGCUAUAAUAUUUCUUUUUUUUCAUGUUUCGUGAGAUAUUGAGAAUCUAAAAUAAGAGACGACGAACUUGACUUAUUUGGAAGGCCAAUCGUCCUCUAAUGAGCGGCUUUAAGGUUUUCCGGGAAGCGUGAGCCGAGACUACGUCGACUACCAGAUUUGGGACACGCUUCAGGCUCUCUGCAGCUCCCUGACCGGAGCCUUGGCGACUGAAGCCGUGCUGACCGGAGCCGGAGUCGGUAGAGAGGUUGGAUGAGCACAUCUGAUGGCGGAACAAACGUAGAACUUCAGACUUCGACGCCUCUGGCUGCCGCCAUGACAUGGCUUAUAAAAGAUGGGCUCGGAAUGAUCGGACGCAUAACAUUCUCCUACUUCAAAGGUACGUUGCGGAACAACUGUUUGGAAAUUUAUUAAAGAAGAAAGAAAGACGUUUUUCUUACGUUCUUUUUCCAAAUGGGAAGGGCGCAACUGGUCUAACAGUAACUAACAUAAAAAAAGUUUUAUAGGUUCAAAUUUCAUGAAAAGCAGUUUAAAUUCGAUUCUCUCGAAUUCCAUAAAAUAACAUCACAAACGUUCAAACUUAAUUUUUAGGGCUUGAUUUUGAGUUUUAUUCUGUAAAAGUCCUUACCAGAGUUCAAAAUAAAAGAAAGCUAUAUUAUUCAGAAAAUAGGAUGUAAGAGUAAUCGUGUUUUCUAAUUUUUGCUUUAAUCUAAAAUACAAUAGCAACAGAUUCAACGAUAGGUUGAAAACUCCUUCGCAAAAAUGGCUACGAAAUAAUCAAAAAACAUAGUAAUUUGCAAGACUAAGUACAAUUUCUUAAAAAAAUAUUAGAUUUAUUUAAACUAAAUAUUCAUAAUAAUUAUUCAGAAGAUGAUUUAAAUUGGACUCACUGCAUCAUAACUAUAUUUUGCUGUACCUCUGACCACAGAUCCCGUUUUUCUUGUACUCUCUAGCAAGCCUCCUCCAUUCAUCCUUAUGUUAUUUUCAUCCUUUUUUUUAUUUUUCUCAUUAUUUUCUUUAAAUUCAUCGCGUCAAGUUGUGAUUGUUUAAGUAAGUAGUCAUAACUUCAAAAAAAAAAUUUAAAAACACUAGUAAUGGUAGAUGAUAUUGAAAUGUUCAAAAUUAUUUUUUUGGAACAGUGGCCUUUAAUGGAAUGUUGAACUAAUGAUAUUACUGAGAUAAGACGGGAAACGUGAAAAGAAAGCUUUUUUGCGUUGGAUUUCGAGACGAAAUGAGGAAAAGCUCCCUUGACUGCUGUCAAUUCCAAAAAGUCGGUCGGCUGGGGAAUAACACAGAUGGCUUCCAUUUUUCUAAGCUUCUUUUUCUCAGGACCGUUUGCGAGCAAAAAAAGUUUGGAGAAUUGGCUUUAUGAGUCAGAGGCAGCUUUUUCACAUGAUGUAAUGACUGAGGCUUUCUUUAAAAGUUCGACUUGUCAAGUGACAUUUUUUGAAAAAAAAAAAACUUUGAAGAUCGACUUUCAUAUCUCUUCUUACUAUGCCAUAAUAAUCUGUGUAAAAAGCAAUUCACUGAUGGAAAGGAAGCAAAAAUAAAGUUGAGGCUCGGCGUUGGACUAUGACUGCAAAAAAUGGAGACUCGUUGCGGAUAUCCUCAACGACGCCUCCUUCUUCAUCGAUCUACUCAAUACAAUUCUGACUGGAAUAUUCCUUCCUUUGGCCUGCAUUUCUUCUGUGUUUAGGCUUGUGUUCUAAGAGAAUGUUUCAAUCGAUGAGGCAGUUUGCAGAUGCAUCGUUGGAGUGGCAGGAGGCGCCACUCGGGCUACAAUCGUCCAGCAUCAGGUAUCCUUUCUGUGCAAUCGGUAGUCUUCAAAAAAAAAAGAAGAUAUCUGAGUCCGCAUUUUCGGGGGAAAGAGAAGGAUUUUCCUCGGUAACAUUUAGCCGUAUGCAACAAAUUAUAAAAUGUGUUUGUCUCCCAUUUUAUUUGGGGAAACCAUUUUCCAACUCGAUAGUCGGUAAAUGUCACGAAAAAUGGUUCGCCAAAUGAACUUUUCAUCUAUUUUUCGAGUUUUUUUUUUGUCAGUAUUUGUUAGAUAAGAACGGUAGACAUAUUAACUCAAAAAAUCUUAGGCUUUUUUGUGAAAAGGUUAACAAAUAUAUUUUUUUUCGGUGAUUAUGCUCGUACAAAAUCAAAUUUAUUUUAAACCGUUUUAUCAGCUACGUUAUCAUUUGAUAGAGAAAAUUCAUGAAACGAUUUCAACGUAUUUACGUAAAAGCAUGCUAAACCGGCCUUCCGAAGAUAACAGGACCUUUUUUCAGUUAAUAAUUUAAGGAGGUUGCCAGUGAUGCGUUUGAAACUCUGCUCCACAAGGGCAGAUUCUCACAAUUGUGUUUAGUUUAACAUCCUACAUCGACAUUAACAAAACUAUGAAAAAAUUAUUGAACAAUGAUCGAAACGGGAAAAUUGCACCGACGCCAUAUCUUUAUUAGCAAAUGGGAGCAUUUUCCUCGGCGAAAGUUUAUUGUAUACGGCCUCUGGAAUUGGAGAAAAAUUUAGUUUUUAGUUUCGAAAAGUUUUCAACUGCAUGAAAAAAACGUUUUGAUUAGGCCCAGAGAAAUAACCUUGCCGAUGUGGCCGCCAAAGACGGAAGUCAGGAGACGUUGGUGAAUGUGGUCGCGCUUCUCACCUCGCUUCUUCUUCUUCCGAUUAUCAGUGGAAAUGUGACCUUGGUCUGGAGUCUAUUUCUUGUGAGUUCGAAAUUAUCCAAUUUUUGGCCAGCGCCCACGGUCUUUAUCGAGUCGUCGCUCUCUAAAAUCCAAAAAACUGAGUUUUUUGGGACUUAGUUUUCUAAACGUGAAUCUGUAAGUAGAGACUGCAAAACAAACUUUCGAAAUCAUAAUGAGAAAUUGUGAGUUAAAAUUUUAGCUCAUGAGAUAUAGGACACGAAAGCAAAAAGAAAAACGAAAAUUUUUGAGAAAAACAGGGGAAAAAUCAUUUUUACUGGAUGAGUUUUGUGCAGUAACUUCGUUCAGAGUCGAUCUUUUCCCAAGAUCUCUUCUUUUAGAAGUUGUCGGGACUAUGGGCUACACGGCCAUAAGAAAAUCAUUAAAAUCUAAUGGUUUCUAGAAAAACUGCGGUCCCUGAGUAUAUCAGUUGAAAGAAGAAGCUUUACUCUACAUAUUCACCAAUUUUCACUUUUUUUUUUUUGAUUCAGUAUUCCGUUCAAACCAAACAAAAACGAAAAAAAAACGGCAACUUUAAUAUCGCCAAAAGGGGCGGGGCUUCUCUAUCUGUAAGUGUCGGAAUGAUAGGAUUUAACCUCCAAAGUUGGAUUGAAAAAAGAAUUGUUAUUGAUCAAGUUCGAAAAAAUGUUGUUUUUUGUUUUAAAAGUUUCAGACAGCACUCGAAAAGUUUAGAGUCUUCCGAAGUUUUGAAAAAUUAUAAAGUUUCGAGUAAAAGGAACACGUUGCCAGAAACGUGGGACGCUUCAUAUAUUAUAACUUUUUUCUCGAAACUUCUAUUCAGUUCAGAGAAGGCUCUUUGUUGAAUUAUGGAAUAAAUGAAGAGGUUUUUCUGACCGCCUCCGAAACUGUCGUUGAUAGCGCAUACGUCACAGCUCCUUUUUUACAAGUUCAUAAGUUCCAGAUAUUCACCAUUUCUCACAUCUAUGCAAACUACCGAGCCGUUCGAUCUUUGAACAUCACAACUCUGAACAAGAAAAGAGCAACAAUAACGAUAAGGUAGGGAAAAAUUCUCGAAAGUUGACAUGAACAGGUCAUUCAUUCAAGAGAGUUCAUGAAAACCGGCUUCGUUCCGACUGUGAAGACGUGCAACGAACAGGAGCCGUUGUUCUACGACCCCACUGGACGUCGUCAUCUCGGCGUGAAGUUGUCGAGUCUUCCGAAGCACCUCCCGAAGUUCGAAGACGACUUUCACGUCAUAGCGGUGGACGCCAGGAAGAACGAGGCGUGGGUCGCUCUCCGGAACGGCUCACCGAACACGUCCUCACGACAACAACUAUACGCCUUUUUCUCAGCGGAGUACCACAUCAGAGGGGAAGCCGCCAACGACUCAAUUUUCGGAGAUUUCUUAAUCCAGCUCCAGAAGCAGGGCUAUCAAACCGACGUUCAUUAUCUAGGUUUCGAUGUCUGGUCUUAUGAGCCGAAAAAAUACCUUUGAUUGUAAAUUUGUCAUGUGUCGUCAAUUUGUCACUGUCAUUUUCGGGCCAAUUUUGAGUAAAAAAUGAAAUUUUGAAGUGACGGUCAACCUGAAAUCCUUUCUAGUAUAAACAAUACUAGAUUUCUAUAUAGUCAAUUUUUCACGACUUGAGAGGCGAAGACGCGUAGCGUGUGCGUUCGUGGUUCUUGGCACGAGUUCAAUUCAAGUGCCAGCGACUAUUUGGAAAACCUUUUGUCGCUUUUUCAUUUCUUUUUCAAUUCUCUAUAGAUUGUUUUGAUUUGUACGUUAAAAUUAGUAAAUAAGCACAAAAAGAGCGCUUGAGUUGAACUCGUGCCAAAAACCGCGUACGCACACGCUACGCGUCCCGCCUUCGUCACCUUUCAAGCCGGGAUGGAUUAUUGGGAUGGACUAUAUCAGCAUUAUGCGAGCAACUGCAUUAUAGUAUUAUGAUUUCAUUUCAUUUUAUGUGCAUGGCACGAGUUCAGUUCAAGUGCCAGCGUCAAUGGCGUCGAGUACUGUCCGAAAACGACUGUCACGUCCUCGCGGUGGACGCCAGAAUGAGCGAGGCGUGGAUCGUUCUCAGGCACGACUCACCGAACACGCUUUCACGACAACAGCUUUACGCCUUUUUCUAA